GCCUCGCUGUAGGACGGGAUGGAAGCGAGAUGAGAAUACUAAGCAGGUACCUCAUGGCUCAGUGUCGGCACAGGAUGAGUUGAGAUUUGCGCACCCAUCAAACUUGGCUUGGGACCUCAGCAUGUGAGCGCACUUUUGCACAAGGAGGAUCCGCCCAGGAUGUCAGCUCUGAAGAAGGUGUUACCAGGCAUACUGCAGAAACAUUGCUGUAUCUUACCUGACAAGAAAACAGGUAUGAAGAGGUUGCUGAUGAAAUUGAAGAGCAGGGAAAUAUAUUCAGACCAGCAGUAUUCAUGGUCACCCUCGCAGUACUUCGAUGAGGAAACGUACUCCCCUGCACCCAGGAACAUGAAGGGUCUCUCCGGUGGCCGCCCUGCCCAUCUCCAGCUAACAUCACCCACCUCACCUUACACCUGUGGCUUGGCUGAUUGUGACCACUCCCUGGAUCACCAUCUUCACCAUGGUGACCCUCGGUCACCCACCUACCUCCUCAGUCCCACUGACAGCUGUGCCCUUGAGAGUCAUCACCGCUGCUCCCCACGGAGCUCCAUCCACUCUGAGUGCAUGAUGAUGCCAGUGUCACUAUCAGCCACCGACCACUCUAUAUCCAGUAGCACUUUCCCUCGUAUGCACUAUGGCAGCGCUUCGAGAGAUGGAGGUGGAAACAGUUCUGGCGGUAGGGAUUCUCGGGACGACGGUGGCUCCUCCUCACACGGCGGGAGUGGCAAAAUGAACCGGAUCCCUGCAAAUCUUUUGGAUCAGUUCGAAAAGCAGAUGCCACUGCACCGAGACGGCUUCCAUACAUUGCAGUACCAACGCACCUCCACUACAACAACAACCACAGAGCACCGCAAUGAAAGCCCUGGCCGAAUUCGCCACUUAGUUCACUCGGUACAGAAACUCUUCACGAAGUCGCACUCCCUGGAAGGAUCCUCCAAGAUGAAUGGUACCAAAAAUGACUCCCACAGGGACGGAUCGCAUCACCACCAUCACCAUCACCAAGGCCACCACAAACACAGCAAACGCAGCAAGAGCAAAGACCGCAAAUCUGAUGGCGGAGGAAAGCAGCGCCAUGGUGGAUGGUGGAGCUCGGAUGACAAUCUUGACAGUGACAGCACGUACAGGACACCGAGCAUCAUGUCGCGGCAUCCGGUCGACCACAUCACCCACUGCUACCCGGACUCGAUGCACAGCCACCUGGCUGGGGACCUGUCAUUAAAGACCUCCAAGAGCAACAACGACGUAAAGUGCUCUGCCUGUGAAAGCAUUAACAUGGCACCUGAGGGCAAGUUCAUGAAAAGGAGUUCCUGGUCAACAUUAACCGUCAGUCAAGCCAAGGAAGCCUACAGGAAGUCUUCACUCAACCUGGAGAAACCCAUGAUCCCCACUGACCUCAAACCAAGCUUGAGACCAUGUCACUAUCUACAGGUACCCCAGGAUGAGUGGGCAGGUUAUCCUGGUGGUGGAAAGGAUGAUGAGAUCCCUUGUCGUCGAAUGCGGAGUAGCAGCUACGUCAAAGCCAUGGGGGAUGAAGAGAGCGGGGAGUCAGACUCCAGCCCAAAGACAUCACCUCAGAAGUCAGUGCGGCCAGAUGCCCUGAUCAAGGCCAUCAUCAGACCCAAGGACUUGCUGGACUCUCAAAGUUCUUACCGCCUGGAUAAAAUCAACAGUGACAUGCAUAACUACAUCACCAAUUUUGCUGCAGACUUAAGUCAGAACUACCACUUGCAGGCUACCAGGGAAAUACACCCCAGCCUUGCCUUGGAUCCCUCUACCAACUACAACUCGCCCAAGUUUCGUUCUCGGAACCAGAGCUACAUGCGGGCUGUCAGCACGCUUAGUCAGGCUAGCUGUGUCAGUCAAGUGAGCCAGGUUAGUGAAACUGAAGUAAAUGGCCAGUUCGAAUCUGUGUGCGAGUCGGUGUUCAGUGAGGUAGAAUCCCAAGCCAUGGAGGCACUGGACCUCCCCGGAUGUUUCAGAACCAGGAGCCACAGUUACCUACGAGCCAUCCAGGCUGGAUACUCCCAAGAUGAUGACUGCAUCCCCCCCAUGGCGUCCACUGUUACCUCCACUAUCAGGUCAACCACAGCCAUCACCUACACACCGAGCUACAAGAAGAACCCCCCUCCAGUACCGCCCCGCACCACCUCUAAACCGCUCAUCUCCAUCACAGCCCAGAGCAGCACUGAAUCCACCCAGGACGCCUACCACGAGGGGCGGCACCCUCAUGGCGGCAUGUGGGCCCCUGAUGGCCUCGCUCUUGGGCUGACGCCAGGAAGGGCCCUCUAUAACUCCACCGACAGCCUGGACAGCACCAAGGCCGUGACGAUAGCCAUGGAGGCAGCUGGAAUCAUGGCAGGGAAAAGGCAUCCAUCCACAGACUCUCACAGCUCAGUGCUCACCUGUGACAAGGCAAUCCUGGUGUCCAAGGCUGAGGAGUAUUUGAAAACCCCACGGUCCUCUAUAGGGAUACAGGUGGAAGCAGCCACGGACUCGGAAUCUGAAAGCAAAGGCUCACGGGAGUACCACUCUGUCGGGAUACAGGUGGAGGAUGACAAAAAAGGACAGGGGAGGUUCAAACGCUCCAACAGUGUGACGGCAGCUGUUCAAGCUGACCUGGAGUUGGAGGGCUUUCCCACCAUGGAAGACAAAGGUCUGCAGUUUGGUGGGGGCUUUCAGCGUCAUUCAGAGCCCAGUACGCCUACGCAAUACGGAGCGGUGCGCACUGUCCGUACGCAAGGCCUCUUUAGCUACCGUGACGAUUACCGCACCACCGCUGAGCCGUCCAGUCCACGCGAGACGACCAGCGAGACAAGCUGGCAGCUAGAGCCCCCGUCCCCACGGGAGAGUGCAGCCUCGGCAGGUGAGUCGGGAAGGGUGUCUCCGUCCCUCCGGAGAGAUGGAAGCUGGUUCAUGCAGCUGCUCCACACGGAGACCAAGAGGAUGGAAGCCUGGUGUAAAGAGAUGGAGGCAGAAGCUGAGGAGAACGACCUCUCAGAGGAACGUAAGCAUUCCUUGCUUUACAUGUCAAGCAUGAACCAAGGGUCCUCAGUGGAUCGUAAUGAAAACAUAUCACGCUGUGUCUCUUCUUCAGUUUUAGGUAAAAUUCGAAGUGCAGUGGGAAGUGCUCAGCUGCUCAUGUCUCAGAAAUUUCAACAAUUUUACUGGCUGUGUCAGCAAAAUCUGGACCCUAGCGCCAUGCCGCGACCCACCUCUCAGGACCUGGCUGGGUUCUGGGACCUGCUGCAGCUCUCCAUUGACGACGUCAACAUGAAGUUUGACCAGCUGCAGCAGAUAAAGAACAACAACUGGCGACCAAUUGACAGCCCAGAAAAGAAGCCACCAGCUCCCGUACCAAAGAAGACAGUAAGACAGAAGAGUGCAGUGACCAGGGAGAAAUCCCUGGACCUCCCUGACAGGCACCGGCAGGAGGCACGCCGGCGGCUCAUGGCAGCCAAACGUGCAGCCUCUUUCCGGCAGAAUUCGGCCUCGGAGAGAGCGGACAGCAUUGAGAUCUAUAUUCCAGAGGCUCAGACUAGACUUUGAGAAAACGUUGGAUCAGGGAUCUGUACCUUUCCCUGCUCCUGUGCUCCAGCAACUCUAAAACUAGCCUUUUUUUCUAGACUGCUUCUUUCUCAACCCCUCCUUUAUCCAUCUCUGGUCCGAUUGCCAUCCUCAGUGCUCAUCACCAACAUCACAGGACUGUAGGAUGUGCCGAGGCUCGACUUCCAUUGCCAAAAACAUACAUCUGACAUGGGUGGGUUGGAUCUUUGUGUUGGUUUGUUGGUGAUCAAGAUCUACUAUCUCUCUCAUGUCUUGGAUGAAUACAUCUGUAGUUUUUCAGCAUUUGCAAAGUGCCAUUUUAAGAGGAAGAAAAAGUGCAGCUUUGAAAACCUUACCAGCAACCACACCUUGGAGCUAAACAUCAAUGUGUUUAUUUGGAGUUCUAUGAAAUUGGUCAAAGUUUAUAACCGUUCACUAUUUUUUAGUCUCUACAGAUUACCUUUGCUUCUGCAGUCUCUACAGGAUUUAAUCGACGGCUAAGCAUCACCAAUUUGUUGAGUUUGAAAAAGUGCCAAUGCUUGAAAUACCUCAACUAUGUGCACAUGGUACAGGUUACCUAUUCAAGGUGCUUCAGGCAAUUCCUACUAAGCUUUUGAUUGGUUAGAUGUGAAAAAUGCAGCCUUCUACCAUGUCUAGUCAUGAUAAAAUAUUUAGGUGUGCAUCUUAAUAAAUCUAAAUAUAAUUGACAAGUUUAUUUAUUUCAGUAAUUCAAAUCAAAAAGUGAAACUCACAAAUCGAUUAUUUCACACUUAAUUGGUAAUUAUGACUUUUACUAAUGAAACCCAAAAAUCAAUUUAACAUAUUUUGAAUAUUAUGUAAGAGAAAUUUAAAAAUAUAUAUUAUAGCGAAAUAUUUGACUGUACCUUUUUUCAGUCACAGUUUUCCUUCCACUCAACUUUCCAUUUAUGUUAUUCUGAUGAAUGGAAGAUUGGUAAAAAUAAAUAAUUAAAAAAGACUUUUUGUGGUUUACCCUCCUUGUGGAGGUUGUAUUUAAUCUAUGUUGCAUACCUUUUCCCUUUUUGACAUGAAUGUCUUGAAAAAAUGUCUUAUUUAAUCAUAUUUUACUUUAUUCAGAUGCACCCAAGUUCAGUGACGUGGUGUAGAAAUAACAUCUGCUUGCUGUUUAAUGUGCACCUUUCACAGCGGUUUUCUAAAUAUCCAAUGUUCAUGUUGCCAUCCUUCAGACAUUUACUUGAAGCUGUAAACCUGCAAGUCUUGUGCCAACAUUUUCAUCAUGUCAAUGCAGUAGAGAAGAAACAAAAAAACUAUGAAAGUUUAUGUAACUCCUUAGAUUAAAAUGUGUAGACAAAUGCACUUAUGCACUUAAUAUAAUUCUAAAUAUUUCCAAGGGAAAUGUACAUAACCAAGUUCAUAAUAGUACUGUUGUAUUUUUUUAAUUGUGAGUGGGAAUGUUAUGCUGUUUUUUUUCCCUCCUUAUGUUUGGUUUCGAAAUAUCUGGAUGAUCAGAGGCACAUAGAAUUUUGCUGCUCAGUUUUCAUCAUUUCCCAAAGACUUUCAAGUUGCGCCUUCAGUCCACAGCUAAUGAGGACUGAUAAGAAGUAACCAUCAAAACAUAAACAAAAUGUCAAUAUUUCUUUAAGCUAUGAACUGCUUCUUGAUUUUCAAAUAUACUGCAAAUCUCCAAGUCUGUGGCAGUGUCCCCAAGCAUUAUCAUAACGAAGUCCCUCCAACGAAAAGAUCAGAAUUAACAAGCUGAAACUGGGACAAAGGAUUUCCCGGGGGAUGCAGAUCUUAAGUCUCAAACAGUAGAAACUUCACAAGUAUAUUGCUAAAAACUUGCAUAAAAUGGGAUAUGAUGAGGAUAAUGUUUGAAAUAACUUGAAACAAUGCUCAAACAAGCUGUUUCUCCUCCCCACUAUGACAGAAAAUAACUAUUUGAGGGGGGAUUCAUUCCAAAUCAACACAAAACUAGUCAGAAAGAACAUUCUACAACUUUUGCUCGAUUGGGGUAUUCUCUUGCAGGAUGCCUCCAUUUUUGUUUGUUUUGUCGCGGUGAGUCCAGGUGCGAUAGACAAACAGUAUUGGAAUUGGAAGUGCAGAUUUUGCUGUGUGUGUAUGUUAACCAUAAUUACAAAGGUCUAUGUUUUGAACAACUGAUGACAAGAUAAAUAACAACCAAUGUUUAGAUAUUUCUGGUGGGUAAACCUCUUUUAAUGCUAUUAAUAGUUUUAUGUUUACUUUUAUUUAAACUUCUGUAAAUCAGUGAGAUGGCGUGAUGUGAUCACCGCUGAUCUGUUAUGCUCAUAAUACAUUUCACUCUUCCAAUAUUUUGCAAUGAGUUAGUCUUGGGCAUUAGUAUCCGAAGUUUAUGGACAAGAAUUGAAUAUAAGUUCAAAUUGAUCUCUGAAUUGAUAUUUUCUCAAUAACUGUCGCAAAACUUCAAACAUUAAGCAUAAUUGUAUAGGGUAGAAUAAAUGUAUUUGAAUGCAUUUCUUCCACUCUAAAUUGAGCUGAGAAAAAUUAUUACCAGCAUGAACCAUUAAUACUAGUUUGAAACAAGGCAACAGAAAUAAGUUGGAAACCAAAAUAAAACUAUUACUCAGAGAUUCCUAGAUUAGACCUUCUCUCCCUCUGAAAACAGAAACCAAAUUGUUGUUCUCCUGACACUGAUCAUUAAAUGCUUUGAUUGGGAAUCUGAGCCAGCAUUUUGAGUUGGAUCAAAAUAUUGGACCUACUUUAAAUAGGUUUUCAGAUUAAAAUAUUAAUUACAUUUUUCAAACCUCCCUCGUUGAAGUGAAUGCUUUCAUCAGAAAAUGUGAAAUUGUUCAUUUCAAGAAGUUUAACAGGCGAGAUGCUGCUAAGACCAAACGUAGGAUUUGACUUUUGUUGGACUUUAUUGUGCCAAGUAUAUUAAUAUUUUACUUGUGCUGAUACCCAUAAAUCUGUGAGGUUUUAAUUAUAUAAUGUUAACACUAAGUCUGCAGUUCCUCACUGUGCGUUUGCGUUGCUUCACCUUUUAUUAAAGUGUGAGUUAAAGUUGCCAUUAUAUUGGGUGAUAUAUACCACAUAAUGUGAAAUAUUCACUGUUAUAACAAAACUAACAGGGAAAGUUUUAGCCUGGUAGAAUUUAGUUCAAAAUUUAAAAAAAUAAAAAGUGGUUGAAAUAUCUGAUAGGACAUUUCUACACAUAAUAUGGGUAAAGAUUUAAAAAUAUGAUCUAAAACAGAGUAAAGACCGGUGAUGCAACUUAACAUUUUAUGUUAGCAUUUGCCUAAUAUCAACAAAAUAAUCCCUUGAAAUAUUUUUUUCUCUUACCUCAGGUUGCAUUUAUCUAUUAAUAUUUUGUUGUUAAUAAUGUCAAGCAUCUAUAUGUGGCAAAGAAAGCAAAGACAGAAAAAAAUCAAUUUGCCAUAAUCGAUGGAAUCAUAAAGUAUGUUCUCUACCAAAAUGGUAGACUUGUCAAAUUCUGGACUACAUGCCUGACAGUAAAGCUGCAGUAUAACCUUAAACAAGUACAACAUUCUCAAAAAAUAUCUAAUGUGGCAAAGAAAUCUCCAAAGAAGAGUGGACUCAGGUUCCCCUACAGUGAUGUAAAAGAUUGUUUGCCAGUUACUACAGAGUGUUAAUGUCAGUUGAGGCCAGUUUAACUACUUUUUCACAUGGAGCCAGGUUGGUUUGUGGUAUGUUUGUUCCCUUACUAAUUGAAAUCAUCUUUUGAAAGCAUCUUUUCGUCUUUAGUCUGGCUAUCUUUGAAACCUUCGAUUAUGAAGUUUGUUUGAUAAUCUGGAAUAUUUGUGUGACACAAAGUCUGAUGCAGAGGAAAUCUGUAAGGGUGAUAAGUAUGAGAGUGAGUACAUACAUAGUUCUGCAGUUUACUCCACAAUUUAAGGAACCUUUAACAGCAUAACGCUGGAUUUACAAUUAUUGCCUCUGUGUUUGAUGUCAGACCGCUGGCAGAGCCGACUCAUUCUCUGCUGUUGCCAGAGUGGCAGGCAGCGAGAGGUAGAGAGACAGACUCGGCCUGACAUAUGCUGGCUUAAAGGAGACCGGCGCUCUUGCAGUGAGCCCCGAACUGCUGGUGCUGUACGCUGUGUGUAGCUUCAAGGCUGUUUCAGUGAGAAUGGCAAGGCGCUGCACUGGGUAAUUUUCAGCCUGACUUUGACUAAGCAAAGCAGCUUAUGUAAGAUUUUGGGUCCUUGGUGAGAUCAAGCAAAUACCCUCCAAGGCCCUUCAGAGCUUGUGUUGAUAAAUGCGUUGCUGAAUAGCAGCCCACACUGUAAAACUUAAAGCAUCAGCACUACAUCCAUUGGCCUUUGUCAGUUUCUCCCUGGCUGACUUUGUUGAAGGCUGUCACUGAAGUGGCUGUGAACUAUCUUGAUUAUGCAAAACGAGCAGAACUAAGCAGAAGUCUUGCAUAUCCAUUACAUUGGUUCAGUUUAAAAUAUGGUUUUCUUCUUCUCCAAGUAGCACUAAUUUCAGCAAGACAAUUUGUCUAGUAAUGUCCAUGAAUGAAUAGCACUAAGUAGCAAUGCAAGAUCAGUAAAAAGGGUUCAAACAGAUUUGAGCAAUAGAAGUAGGCCUGCUUCACCAUAUCUGUAUAUANUACAUAAUAUAUAUGUACAUGUAUACAUAUACAUAUAUAUAAUUUUGUUUUAAUAUACUUCCUGACAUGGAAAAAGUGGGUUAUUCUCAAGCAAAUAUUAAAAAUUAACCUUGUAAUUCCAAACAUUAUCAAAAAAAUACUGUAUGUAUAGUCUGAGGAAGACUUUAAAACAUGCAAACUCGUAAUAACUAGUGUCACCCAGUUUGGCUAAAAUAACUUCAGUGAAAUUUUUCUUGUCGCAUUUCUAAGUUUUUAGGCAGUCCUCUGUGGAUUUACUGUUUUGUUUUGGGUCAUUGUCAUAUUACAGGGUACAAGUUUUUUGAUAUAUGAACUCACAAUUUCUUCAGGCAUCCUCUGACAUACAUUGGAAUUCAUGGUGGAUUCUAUAGAAAUGAGCUGGCCAGAGCCUGAUGCUGGAAAGCAUCCACAAAGCGUAACACUCCCAUCCCCAUACUCCAUAGUUAGUGUAAGGUCCUUUCCUGGACAUAAAUAUUCAGUUUUAGACUCAUUUAGCCAAAGACCAUUAAUCCAGAAGUUGUAUAUGUUCUCUUCGGCAACACUUUGUCUUAAAAAGCAAAGGUUUCCAUUUUGCACAUCUCCUAUGAAAGGAGAAGUUGCACAGUCUCUUUGUUGUUGUUGUACAGGCAUGCACUUUGAUAUCAACAGUGACACCCUGCUGUAGGUCUGGUGCUGAUAAAUUAAGGGGGGUUAGAAACUUCUCUUAGCAUCUUGCGUUCUGCUGUCAGGAUGAACUUGCUUACAUGGGCAUGAUGGAAAUUGUUUUGAAAGUUUUCAUCUUACAGAUUAUAUUCCGUACAGUGGAACUGCUGCUUUCAAAUUCUUUUGAGACCUCUAGAAAUCCUUCGCCAGACUCAUAAGCUGCCACAAUCUUCUUUCUGCAGUUCUUAGAAACUCCAGCAGUCAGGAGCACAUCAAACUAAAAAUCUUAAAUCUAAUCAUUUAAGAUCUUGUUCAAAAUCCAGAGUAGCAGAUUUUCUAAUCAUGAUAAUAUGGUAUUUUAUGUGGAAUUUUAUCCACUGAAAAUUGGAAUGAGCAUAGAGGUGUCCAACUUUUUAUGUUAUGUUUUACAGAAUUUUUUUCAGCUUUAUUUGCUUAUUUAAACAACUUGAGAUAUCUUUUUAUUGGGUAUUGGUAUCAAAUAUCCUUAUGUCCAAAGAUACUAGCAAACACACAGGCUUUCAGAGGGUACCCUAAUUUUUCUACAUGACUGUAAAUACCUUUAGAAAAAAAAAACCUUUAAAACUCUAAGUCUUUUUCCAACCCAUGCAUAGAGUUUGCUGCAGCAGCAGGGUCAGGUUUGUCUCCAAGAGUGAAUCAUUUUUCUUCCAUAAAACAUGUUUUUCUUCACCCUUUUCAUCAGUAACAGACUCUUUCAUGAGGAGUUCCAAGGCCACCUCCUACAAACGGACUCUGUACUCCUUGAAGCUCCUUUUGAAGGGUUUUCUAUGCUGGAUCUUCUUGGAUGACAUAGAUUCAGAUCUUCAUAAUGUGUGCCCUGGACGACCCUUUGAUUAAGAAUGCAGCUGCAGGUUUUGUUUGCUCUUUUGUUAUUUUAUUUUAAUUUUAUUCUCCUCAAACUUUGCGAAAAUGACGAGGACAAAAAAAAAAAAAAAAUACAUGCCAAGCUAUUAACUGCAAGUGCCAUCAUGUUGACUUCUUUGGCAUAUUGUAAAAUCAUUUCUUGCAUCACUUUUAAUAGGUUUUUAAUAAAACAAAGAGGGGAACAGCUCUCUCGUUUAAUAUUUAAAGUGUAUGCCUGUAUUUUAGCAUUCUGUGGCCUCACAUCUAAGGGGACUGUCUAUGUUUUAACUCUAGAACCUACAGUAUAAUAUGAAAUUCUUCAACAGGAAUUUUUUUUUGUAACUAUGCUGCUGAAAGAGCAUCACUGAGACUAAUACACUUCCUUUAACUUGGAAUGUGAGAUAACUCUAUGAUUACUAGAUAAAGUAAAAAAAGUUAGUUGUUUAGCUAAAACUAUUUUCAUCUCUUGUAUAUCAUAUCUAUUGUAAGAAUGAAUAUAAUGCCAAAUAUUCAUUAUUUGUAAAGAAUAUAUAUAUUAUAUAUAGAUAUAGAUAUUAAUAUAUAAAUAUAUAAUAUAUGCUUCAUUGGAACACAACUAUUUUCUGCUUUGUUCAUAUUUUCUGUUUUGCUUAUUUUAUAACUUGAUAUGAUGGCAUGCAAAAGACAUAUUUUGAAUGUAUUUAUUUACUUCUUUAUUUCGUUCAGAAUUACAGCACUGUCCCAUUGAUGUUUUCUGGUUAUUUGGACGCAUUUCACACGUGCAUUUCUCAGUGUGGGUGACAUCUGUGCAACAUAUUGCAUUUUUAGCUUUUUACUUUGUAUGAGUUCACUUAGACAUAUGCAUCCUCCUUUCUUCUGUCCAAACUGAGCAACUUGAAGAUUUUCCCCUCUUUCCAGUUUGGUCGUUGCUUAGGGGUCAUCCAUUGUAAAUAAUAUUGCAAUUAAAUUUUUGUAGAAAAGAUUUGGAAAAUG